CGCACAAGCGAACAUGACGUUGUAGAGCCGAGGCCAGUAAGCCAUACCACUGCUCUGCCGCCGCUCUGCCGCUCCACCUGCUGCCGCUCUGCCGCUACUUGAGCAAGCUACCAAACCUUUUCAGCCGCAGGGAUAGAUCGAUGUCGCAGCAACAGCAGCAGCAGCAGCAACCGCCAGGCGCCGCGCACAUCAACGCGCGUGUCGCCCAGGGCAUUUCGGGACUUUUCGGCCAAUCCUUGCUCGCGGAUUGCCAGCUGGUCUUCGUGCAGGAACGACGGCCGCCGGGCCUGGGUAAGCGCCCGCACGGCGGCCACGGCGGCGGGGGGCAGCGGUACGGCGAGCCGCUGCCGGCGCACUCGUUUGUGCUGCGGUUCGCGUCGGACAAGAUCGCAGCGCAGCUGGCCUUACCAGCCGCGUCAGCUACGUCGUCAGCCCCUGAAACCCCAAGUCAAGCAAGGAAAAAAGUAUGCAAGUGCGCAACAGCUGCCACAGCAGACGCGACAGCAGCUACUUCUUCUGCUGCUGCUACUGCCGCUACCGACGCCGCGGCAAAGACACCGCUUCCGGAGAUGGAGCUGAUGGUGGGCGGGGAGGAGGAGCUGCCCGCGGCCCGUGCCGCCAUCCAGUUCGCCUACACGGGCCGCGUGGAGGCGGGCGGUGGCGUCCGCAAGGCGCUGCAGGUGCGGCGGCAGGCGGCUUCCCUGCAGUUGGAGGGCUGCGUGGAGGCGUGCAUGGCGGCGGUGCGGGAGCAGCUGCUGCUGGCGGCAGCAGGCGGCGGCGGGGCCGGGGCGGGAGCAGCAGCAGCAGCAGGAGCAGGAGCAGCAGCAGCAGCAGCAGCAGCAGCAGGCACCAGCACCAGCACUGCUGGUGACGCGGGGGCCGCUGAUGUGGUGCCGCCGCCUCCGGCCGUGCUAGAGCUGUACAGCUGCAGUGAAGUGUGGCCGGACCCCGCGGAGGACGCAGCAUUUGCGGCGCUGCUGACGGAGGCCAAGCGGCGGCUGGUGGCGCACUUUGGCGAUGCGCUGGCGGUGCUGAACAGCCAGCGGUUGUUCGAGCAGAUGCGCGCGCUGCCGGCGGAGGGCAUGAAGGUUCUGCUCGAGUCGAAUGACUUCGGCACCGACAACGAGAGCAGCGUGGUGCUGGUGCUGGCGGAGUGGAUGGCUGUCAACUACUGCCGCAAGGACGAGGACACGCGCAAGCAGCUGUGCGGGCUGCUGCGGCUGUCGCAGUGCAGCCGCGCCUACCUCACCCGGGUCCUGCCGGCACUGGCAGCGCGGCACGAGGCCGGCCCCUACAGCGCGGGCGGCUGGCUCCCAAUCAGCCGGGACGAUGCCACCUGCCUCCUGGCCUACAGCACGGCGACUGAGCAGGAGCGAAGAGCCAUGACUGGCGAGGACCGUGUCUGGGGCUUGUCUGCAGCCAUGGCGCACUGGCCGGAGCACUGGCUUAGCUCGCAGCGCCGGCGCCAGUGCUUGCCCGCCGAGGGCCGCACCAUGAGCUUCAGUGCAAGCCUGGCAGAGAUGGUCAAGGCGUUUGGUGGCCUCAAAUCGGGCGAUCCGAGAUGGCUCCGGCUCAACCUCGGCCCCGGCUCCCGGCUGGGCAACCAGCACUUCGGAGCGCAGGGCCUUGAGUGGAGCCUGAGCGUGGCUUGGGCGUCUGGCGACGCAGCGGCGGGUGUUUAUGUGAUGCUGCAUUUGCCCACUGCCCUGACCGCUUCGUCUCCUGCCAUCACGGCGGCCGCGAAAGCGAACAAGCUCCUGGACGGAGCCGUGGCGGCUGUCCCACGCCUGCGUCUGUCUGUGUGCGGAGCGGAUGGGCAGCAGGCGUGGUCGCGUCCGCUCGGCGGUGACGUCUUCUUCAUGCAGACUGGGUUUGGCUGGGGACAUUCCACCGCCCUCGAGCUGCGGGAGGAACCUGCUGCCGACCAGCCGGCGGAGGGUGCCGCCGCCAGCGGGCCCAACACUGGCGGCGGCAGCACUAGUGGGGUGGCGGCGCGCUGGGCGGGCUACCUGCAGGGUGGCACGCGGCUCGCCGGCAGCGUCACGCUGCUGCCGCCCAUGUAGGUAGGCGCCACAAUAAUGCUACGUGCAGGGUGAGCGCGUUUGUGGCAUGGUAGGCAAGAACGUGGGCGUUUGGGCAGGAUGGGCGUUCUUAUGCAUACUUGCUUCUUACUGAUUGUGUGGCCACUGUGCGUGCCUAGCGCCGCCAGUUAAGAAGCACGGUAACACAAGCCAGACAAUGCCCCACACUAUGGCAUACCGAUUAAUGGAAGCAAGUGCUGCUCGUUGCAAGGCCAGCGUCAGAAGUUCAAAGUGUUGCUGGGUGCGGGGUGUGGGUGAGCGGGUCGACUAUAGCUGAGCGCAAACAAGCGCGAGCAGCAGUACAGAUGUCCAACGUGUUUGGAUGCCUCAAGAGCGGGGUGGGUGCGGGUGUCGGGGUGUGUCAGUAUGCGAGGGUAGGUUCGUUUGGAGGGUUUGCCUAGGUUGUUGCCUUUCGAUGCAUGUAUGUGUUUGGCCUUGCUUUGGGUUAAGAACCAGUACAUGCGGCACGUACGGUCACUUGCUUGAUGCACCUCAUGUGUUGCACACCUGCUUGCGCAACACCUUUAUUUCCUCUCAUGUGUUGAUUGGACAUUGAAGCCGCAGGGUGCGCCAAACGACGGGGCCUUCGCACUUGGUGCGGUGGCGCUGGCGGCGGUGCUGUUGAGUCCUCUGUAAGUUGGUCCCGGA